AAAAAUGUCAUGCAGCUGGAACAGAGCAGGUGCACGUUCUUUUCGAAGAAGUCUAAAAGAAAGUGAAAGUACCACUCACCCUGCGAAACUUUUAACACUUGACGUAAAACCACAGAUGGGCUCAGUUUGCUUGUGAAAAGGCUUUUGGGGCUCCAGUUCCAUCAAUAAUACUUGAACUUUCCAUGAACAAAGAUUUCGAGAGAGGCCUUAGUUCCUUGCUGGAACACGGAGGCCGCAGAUCCUACAUCAUGUACCACGGUACGACUCUGGAAGCAGCACAGGAGAUCAAGAGUCACGGAUUCCGACGUUCCUCUGACGGGAUGCUGGGGCCUGGCGUCUACGUGAGCAGAAGUGUGGAUAAAGCCAAGCGCUACCCUCUGAAACCUGACCCCGACGAGAGACUGGCCAUCUUGAAGCUGAAGGUACGAGUGGGGAAGGUGAAGAAAAUCGACAAGCAGGGCCAUCCUCUUCAGAAGACUUGGCAUAGGAAUGGAUACGACACAGCGUGGGUGCCCCCGAACUGCGGCAUGGUGCCAAGCGGCCUGGAAGAAGACUGCGUCUGGGAUCCGAAUCGAAUAGAAGUGCUGGAUAUGUGGGAAGUUGAAAGGGAAACCAACGACAGCUCGAUGUGCCGGAUUGUUUGACGAGGUUCUACCGUCGUUUGGAGUCUGAAAUGAAAGGUGACCAUUUUUCUUCAAAAUCCUCAACAAACUCCUACUUUAUUCUGUCCACUUCAGGGACUGUUACUUUAAAUAAUAAGUCAAUACCUGAAGAGCUCUAAAAAGAAGGACUGUUUAAUCCUGGUUGAUCAUCUCAUGUUUUAAUCAGAGUUUGUGUAUCAGAGUUCAUUCAGUGACCAAAUCUUUCCAAGUGGCUUUUUCCUAAAAGAAACACAGGGCUCAGGUCUGGUGGUGCUAUUUUGAAGUCUAACGUUAACACCCUUUGAACUCUCGAUGAAAAUGAAAGCCCCGAUGCGUGAAAUCAUGAUCGCAUUUUAUAUUACGGUCUGAUGACUUUUUAUUGACGUCACCUGACCGAAAAGGGGACUACUUUCGAGUUUGUCAUGAUUAGACUACGCAUCAUUUUCACUUCCUGUGUAGUUCUUUCUCAUACUUUCAAGGUGAAACAAACCUUAAAUAUUGAUUGUAUUACUCCAAACGUGAGUGCUGUAUUACACGUCCAAUAAAAUUUGCAUGAAAAACGAAUUUACCUCAAAUAAAACACAACUGAAAUCAC